GGCUUCUUAUUGCCUUCCAUACACUCGGCACCCCCAUUCUUUACCCAACAACCAAACCCCGCAACUCAAUCCAUCGCCACAGAACAAUGGAUACGCUUGAUCUUGACCUACGCUCGACAUAGGAAGCUUUUCGUACUUCGAGUUGAAGACACUGAAACCGUGGGUAGUGAUUGGGUCGAGAUCUUGCGGAAUGAACCAAUAAAUCGGAAAGUCUUGCCGUCGCAUCUGUCAAGCAUCUUGGAGGCUAUGGUGGCAAAGAACGUUGCUGCGUAUGACCCUCCGAAGCAAACACGAUCGGUCUUGCUGUAUUGGCGCUUGCCGGAGGAGUGGGCAGAUGUCCUUCACGAAUGGGCGACAUCAACAGGACAGCUGAACACGAUUUUGACCUUUUACGAUAUCACCGACCCGCCGGUCGAAUCACCGUUGUCGAACAUUCCAGUACCACUCCUCCGCAAAGCAAUUGCCAUACUCGUCAAAUCUGGACGUGCUCAGUUGAUUGGUGUGGCUGACGGCGAGGGUGUUCGCUUUUUCACUCCCUCCAAGUAA